AUGUCGGAACUCACCCUGGACACGCUUAUUGACGAUGGAAACUACCUGAGCUCGGAGCGUGCGCGUCUCGAAAACAAAGUCCUCCUGGACGAACUGGAACGAAAGAAGAAGGCACGCAGUCUUGCUGUUCCGACGGAUGACAACCGCGUCAAGGCUAGGCUGCGGGAAAUUGGGGAACCCAUUACUCUGUUCGGUGAACGGGCUGCAGAUCGUCGAGACCGUCUCAUCUAUGUACUGUCUCAAAUCAAUGCUGCACGAGGAGACGAUGCAAUGCAAGUGGAUGAGGAGUCUAGUGAAGAAAGCGAAGACGAGGAGGAGGAGUUCUACACUCCAGGUUCUCUCGAGCUCCUAGAAGGCCGUAAACGGCUGGCGGAGUACUCAUUACCCAGAGCUCAAAAACGGAUCGCCCAGCAGCGCAUCGACAGCAAAAUACCCCUUGGUCGCAUCAUCGACAUACGUAAGAAAAUCUUCGCUGAAGUCAAGCGGUUUGCCGAACUGGGUUCCCAGAUUGGAGACGACCGACCAAUAUCCCAAGUUCGAUUCUCUCCUGACAGUAAAAUGUUGGCAACAGGUAGCUGGUCGGGGAAUGUGAAGCUGUGGAACGUGCCCAAUUGUACACCAAUACGGACGCUGGGCGGCCACAGUGAUCGGGUAGGAGGGGUUGCAUGGCAUCCACAAGCAACCAUUAGCCAAAGUCCAGAUUCGGCCAACCUGGUCAGUGGUGCAGGAGAUAUGAACGUUCACCUCUGGUCGCUGAACAGCGAUACGCCAUUAUCUGUUAUGAAAGGGCACCAAGACAGAAUUUGCCGAGUAGCAUUCCACCCCAGCGGUGACUACGUUGCUAGUGCUAGCUUUGAUACGUCAUGGAGGCUAUGGGAUGUCGCGACAUCAAAAGAACUCUUGCUUCAAGAGGGACACUCAAAAGAGGUGUAUGCAGUCGAGUUUCAAGAAGAUGGUGCCCUUGCUGCCUCUGGCGGACUCGACGCAAUAGGCAGAGUAUGGGAUUUACGAACAGGUCGAACGGCGAUGGUGUUGGACGGACACGUCCAGGCCAUCUUCUCAAUCGCCUUCUCGCCAAAUGGCUACCAGAUUGCUACUGGCUCGGGUGACGAUACCAUCCGUAUAUGGGACAUGCGUUCGCUCAAAGCCCUCUAUACUAUUCCUGCACACCUCUCCAAUGUGGCUGAUGUCCGUUUCUUCCACGGGACUGACCUGCCAUAUGGCCUAUCGCCAACCUCAGACGUCGAGAUGGGCGAUACAAACAAUUUGUCGUCCACGGAUAGUACGCACGACAUGGAGGAACGCACCUAUCGCCCCGGACUCUACCUGGCAAGUGCAGGUUACGAUGGCCUGGUCAAGCUCUGGAGUGCGGACGAUUGGCAGCUACUACGCACAUUACCCACGGAUGGAGGGAAGGUCAUGUCCGUAGAUUUGUCCAACGAUGGGAAGUAUCUUGCUUCCGGGACAUACAACCGUAAUUUCCAGAUGUUCGCACCUGAUGAGAGCAUUGUAUGA